AUGACAGAGAAUUGCAUUGCAGUUGGUUUGUUAUUCCUACAGAAGCCUGACUGGGUCUUCCUUUUCAGGUCUGUUUAUAAAACUGUACCAGACUGUGAACCUUGCCGUCCCUUACAAAGAUCUCCUAUAGAAGGAUUUUAUUUAGCUGGUGAUUACACAAAACAAAAGUAUUUGGCUUCAAUGGAAGGCGCUGUUCUAUCAGGAAAGCUUUGUGCACAAGCUAUUGUACAGGAUUAUGAGUUGCUUGUUAACCGGGGUCAGAGAAAGCUUGCUGAGACAAGCCUCGUCUAACCAUAUCAAUAGAGAAAUGAGACAAAACUUUUGCAAGUACACAACGAAAGACGAAUGAAGGCUUGUUGAUAGAAGGUGUCCAACAAUGUUGUCUCAGAGAGAACAAAAGGUGGAAAAAAAUAAAAAGAAUCAAGAAAAGGGUAAUCCCCCAGAGUGGCAAGCUCUUUAAAAGUAAUUUUUUAUACAUGUAGAAACAUUUCCAACAACUGUACCUCCUACGAGCCCCCUUGAAGGAGGUUCUUCUCAGUGGGGUAUUCAUUCUUGCUCUAUUUUUUAUUAAAGUAUUGUUGUUUUAUUUGUUAUCUUGUUCCAUAGUCAUCUUUGCUAAGCUAAACAUAUAUAUAUAUAUAUAUAAGCUGCUUACUUCAACCACUAAUUAGUGAUAUCUUUAUGCUAGACUUUGG